GGAGGUGAUGAUCAGCCACAGACACCGAGGCAGUCUGGGUGGGAGUCGUUAUCUUUCUGUCUUGUCCGGCACAACACCACUACAGGGAAGAUGAAUUUCUUUGCUGUUUUGCUCUGCGUGUUUCUAGCAGGCAUUCAGAGUUCACAGGGACGGACGUUCCCCGCCUCGCUGCCCGCCUCCCACACGCCCAAUGGUGUGAUGCUUGCAGGACGGCGAGACGGCAACGAACGCAGCAAAACUGAUGGCAACACACUACCUGUCAAGCCCAGGAUAGUGGGCGGCACUGAAGCGGAAAAACACGAGUUCCCGUGGGUGGUCGAAAUACAGUUUUACCACACCAAAUUGGAAAAGUAUAAACACAAGUGCGGCGCAUCCGUGAUAGACGAGUGGUGGGUCAUGACCGCCGCCCACUGCGUUGAUAAUGACGCGAGCUUUAAGAUCGUAGCCGGUGAACAUAUAUUAUCAGCAGUUGAAGAUGAGGAGCAGCACCGUAAGGUAGAAACCAUUGUCACACAUCCUGGGUGGGACUAUGAUACAGCAGAGAAUGAUAUUGCCCUCCUGAAGCUGUCAGAGAAGCUGGAACUGGAUGGAAAGACUGUCGCUCCCAUCAGCCUGCCCACACCACUAACCAAAUCCACAGGUGAAUGUGUGGUGGCUGGCUGGGGCAGAAUAAGUAACGAAAACUUCACAUGCUCUGACGUGUUGAGGAAAGUCCGGUUACCCAUCGUCUCAGACGAAGAAUGCAGAAAGAGUUACGCUACCUUUAAUGAAAAGAUUUUCGACAGUAACAUCUGCGCUGGAUACAAGGAGGGUGGAAAAGACUCCUGCAAUGGUGAUUCUGGCGGCCCCCUCGUCUGCCAGGGAGAAAACAACAAGAACUAUGUGGCUGGCGUGGUGUCUUGGGGCAUCGGGUGCGGUCUCCCGAAUUUUCCAAGUGUGUACACUGAGGUGAGCUACUUUGUUGACUGGAUCAAUGAGGUCAGGAAUCAGGAGUCGUUGCAACACUGACCCAUGCGACCCAUCACGGCAAGGAAGGAAAACACACAGACGACCCUGGAAUGCAAAACACCGCCACCCUCAAUGCCAAGACCAGCAUCCUCCAUUGGCAAAGACACCAUGGAGGACCACUCCUCAAACUACUUCACAAAUCACAUCACAAUACACUCUUUCAACACGUGCCUGCAUGUGUCAGUCGCUUUUAAGUAUUGGAACCUUUAUUUGCUUGUACAGUGAAUGUCUCAGGCUUGGAGUCUUUGGCUUUCUUCUGCGACAUUUGGAAAACUAAUACACUGACCACAAUCCUACGGCAUUAUAUAGACGUGAAAUAAAGACUCAGCAUAA